UGUUAAUUUUGGUCUAGAGUGAGGUGAUGUUCCGCGGAUGGCUUUUACGGAUUUUUCGAAAAUAAUCAACAAUAAUAAAUUUUACUGGUUCAAAAAACACUUUCCGGAAUUCGUUUGUUACAGUUGUAUAAUUUUUGUGUAUUCUUUAAUUAGGUACACAUACUUUUUAUUCAGAAAAGUGUAUACAUGCAAGAAGAUAAUCGAUUUGUCAACGCGAGUUUAGAUUACAAUUUGGGUGCACUAAUUGACCUGCGAGGUGCGUUCAACCAUCGCUUAUAUGUAUCGUGUAUGGUGUCGUUUCAAACGGCUUGGUGCAACUUUUGUAGGACUGUGAUAAGUUGCGCGAAUCAAUCAAUUAAUCUAAAUAAAAAUAAACCAUAUAGUUAAUGAUCGGUAGCUGAUCACUUGCAAGUCAUAACCAAAUAGAACUUUCCGCGGUAGAAGGGAACGUACCCACAUAUCGCUGAUAUGGAGUUAUCUCAAGACUGAUUAUCGCAUCUUUUGUCGAUAAUAAUAAAUCAUAAUUGACACCGCUGGUAUCGGAGUUUUUUUAUCUCGUGGACUACAUAAUUUGCGAUUAUUUCAAUGUCUACGUAAAUACCCAAAGUUGAAGCAGCAGGUGAAAGGUUCUCCGCGGGAUUUAUGGAAAACAUGGAAGUCGAUGAGGCUGUUGUGGAUUUGAGCAUUAGUUCUAACAACAGAAUCUCCUCGACACCUCCUGCAUAUAAUCAGUUGAACUUUAACCAUCCCGUUCCACCGGACCACCUCCCCGCCAUAUCAGCACCUCCUGUGGUGGUGCAGCACCACGUUUCGAACUCGAGGCGGAUCCUCAGACCACGCAUCGAACCUCGCUCAUACGUCGAGAGCCCUGACGUGGUGAUCAACGGCUCUCUGGAGGUGUUGAAGACGAACGGUAAUUUGGACUACGGCAGCGACUCGAGCGAGGGAGAAAUGCCGCCUCUGGUGCCCAUCAAGGAGAUCAGCGCAGCUGAGAUGAAGCAUAGGGAAAGAGGCUUGAGGAGGCUUCGAGAAGAACUUCGAGCCGAAGAAAUGAAAUUGGUCCUCUUGAAAAAGCUCAAGCAGUCGCAGCAGCUGAAAGAAAACGUCGCCGUCAUACCGCCGAGUAUACCGCCAUCAGCUCUGCCCCCUACCGGCCUACCCAGCGGCCUGAGCAUAACCCCGACGACCGUCAAAGUACCUCCGAAGGGCCAGCAAUCGCCGCAGAUCGCACACUCUCGUCAUCCGGUAUCAAAUUCGUCGCACAAAAUUGGCGGCAUGGGCGGUAUUCUGCAGGGGAACGGUAACACCCCGAAUAUAAUGCGAGCGCAACAACCUGCCCCACCCCGUGCGAACAUGCAUGGUCCGCCUCUUAGCGCUUCUCCUGUCAACAACAGAGCCAGCCUCUCAGUUCCUCAACCUCCCCAAAGAACGUCCAUCUGUCGACCGACAGGUUUCCCUCCAGCAGUCAAAGACUUGUCUCCUUCAGUUACUAUAACGCCAGCUCCUCCUCCGUCUGUGAAGGAGAGAUCUAGAGAAGAUAAUCAAACCCCCGCUCAAAGACAAGCUGCUGCUAAGUUAGCUCUUCGGAAACAACUGGAGAAAACACUGUUACAGAUUCCUCCUCCAAAGCCCCCACCUCCAGAAAUGCAUUUCAUACCAAAUCCAAGCAAUACGGAAUUCAUUUACUUGGUAGGAUUGGAACACGUUGUUGAUUUUCUCACCAAAGAAACGAAAAUGCCAAUGCCGCCCCAACCGGUGGCAUGUAGCCAAUGCCAGUCAGACUUCACUCCUGUUUGGAAAUGGGAAACCAGUAAAAGAACCAAAGGCAUCAAAUCAGUCAUUUGUGAACAAUGUGUGACCAACAACGUCAAGAAAGCCUUGAAGGCCGAACACACAAAUAGGUUGAAGACUGCUUUUGUCAAAGCGCUGCAACAGGAGCAAGAAAUAGAGCAGCGACUCGCACAAUCGCCGGCCGCUCCUGCCCCCCCGCCGCCGCAACCGACGCCCCCUCCUCCUCGAAGCUCGCACAGCUCCAGCCACUCAUCUUCCUGCGCACAGGAAAAAUAUACGCAGCAACAGAACGCGGCAACUAUGCAAGCUAUACAUCAGCAGUUACUAAGAAAUCUCUCGGGCGGCGUUCCCUCCUCAGCCGCGCACAUGCUCCAGUUCUCCCCUCUCCUAUACCCUUACCAGUUAGUGAUGGCUCAGGCUGCUGCCAGCGGCAAGAGCAACCCCCCCGCCAACCUGGCCGACAUACAACGAGCCGCCGAUCUCCACCGGCAGUACCUGCUCGACAUGAUCCCUCCGGCCCCCCAGCAGCGUCACAACUGGAAAACAUGAUACAUGAACGAGUAUGGUGAUAAAACUUAAUUAUUUAUUGCGAUUGAAUGGAUCGGGGCGAGCGAAGCUCGACCGGUGGAUGUGAUUCGUUCGUUAUUACUAUUAUUAUAAUGACUACUAGAUCCCAUUCAAUGUGGAUUUUAGUGUAAUGUAUUGUGCGAUCUGGAUAUUUCACGGGGAGAAUCGGAACGAAUAUCGCUCUGUCAGAGUUCUGUUGCGCCUUGAUUGGUAUUUAUAAUUCACUGAGAAGGGUUGCUCUAAAGCUAUUUCAAUCAGGUCUAUUCAUGGGGUUUUCGUUGAAGGUAAGAGAUGAGAGUAGGUUAUAUCGGAGCAGAGUUUUCAUUUUUUUCAAUACUAUUAAAUGAUAGCGUGUUUUUCUUUGGUCCCACAGAUAUACGUAUCUUUGGAAACAAAGUUAUACACAAAAGACUGGAAAAUAUCAAAUGGUAUUUUUGACUGUAUCUUCUUUAUCUGCAGAGAUAUUGAGAAAAUCUGAUAGACCUGUCUCACAGCCAUUUUCAAUCAAUCAAAUAUUAUCUGAAGAUAAUAACAUUGUGUGGAUAAAGUCUUAUAAUCAUUAUCAGUCCAAUGGCGAAAGUCUUUUAGAAAACAUGCAAAUAAAUUGGACAAUUACGAUAUAAAUAAAAAUGAAGAUGUGAAAUAUAGAAAGCUUGA